AAUUAGUUUUUGGUUUAUUAAAUACAGUUAUAUAUUACAAUUAUACAUUUUUGUUGUUUAAACUAUAAAUAUCAUGAAAUUAUGGGUUUUUUUCUCGAAGUGACACAUCAACUGAGUUAUGCUGGGUUUUUUGGUGAAUCUUGACACACCAAGCUCAAAAGUUUGCCCAUCACUGGCCUAGCCCUUACCACUCUUCUGCCUUAGAACUGUAAGGAUAAUUUUAGCGUUGUGACCUAAAUAUAUUUAGUUAUUGGUUGCCAUGGGAUAUCCCAAAUAAUAAAAUACCUAAGUCAGCUGGAAAUUAUGGUGAUUUUAAUUAAUAUAGAGGAAAGAAAUUAAGAAAGAGAGAGAGAGAGAGAGAGAGAGAGGAAAGAGUUAAUUUAACUGCUCCAGCUGAGGCUGAGCCAGGCAGGAAGUCAAGGCCUUGGCCAAGGGGACCUCCCCUGAGUCGAGGAAAAAGGAGUCAGUCUUAUCACUCACCAUGUGACUGUCUCAAGCUGUCUGAGGGAGUUCCUCCAGGCUCAAGUUCUAGGAUCAAGCUGGCACCCAGGCCUACUCAUAGGAAGUUACCAGCCAGAACCAUCUCUCCGGGGAAAGAGACUAAAGAAAGGAAGUGAUGCACCCUAUAUAGAUGGUUUUACAUCACUUUCCUGCAUCUUAUCUGUACCAAUGGUGGCUUAGCUUGACUUAUGUAAAGUUCACAAGACAUUCCUGAUUCUGUCAGAGCAAGUAUCUCCAUUGUUACAAUCAGGAGGUAGGUAAAUCAAAUCUUCACAAUCCCCCUCAUGAUCAUUGGGAGACUAGUCUUCCCAUUGAUCAUUUAACAUAAUCAACUUGUAGUCCUAAAAUACUUCUAACUACAGAUGUAUACAAUAUUCAAUUUCUAAGAGAAAAUUACAAUAGUUAGGGAGGAAUAGAAAAGAGAGAAAGCAAAAUCAAUGUUUUGCUAGGCACACUGACAAAAAGCCAAAUUAGGGGCAGUCCCCUUUGGCAUAAAAGUGUACAUUUACAAUAAAUGUUCAAUCAAACUUCAGUUCAAUCAACCAUACCCAAAGUUCAUUCUUGAUCUUGAUGUAGUGUAGGUUUUCUGGCAUCUUUCUGCAAUAGUGCGUUCUCUGGAUUUAGGAGUUAGCAAGCUUCUUCCUUGAAGAUCUUUCUUGAACAAAAUUUUGAAAUCUUGGAUUUUUAUUAAAAUACAGAACCAAUACACAGUAUUGAUUCCAAGAAGAAAGUAAGGGUUUUUAAAAAAUAAAUAAAUAAAAAUAACCACAGCCACCACACAGAGCCAAGCAGUCAAACGCUGGGGACUGUCUCUGAGAGAAUCACCCUCUAAAUGAUUCCCCAAAGAACAAUAGAACUUGGGGACUUAUAUACCUUUGGGGAACUAAGGACUAGGAUGUAUAAUUGAUUGGCUUUACAAUGGCUAGAAGGAAAUGAGAAAUCCAACACAGGAUUAUCAGGGAGAGGCUGAUGCUUUACAAUAGAUAAUAAAGAGUUCACCAAGGGCUCAGCUUCCUGGGAAAGGGCUUUAACACAAAGGGAGAAAUUACCAGGACAAAAGGGUCUGCUAGUUCCACUAACUAGAACCUCUAAAUCCUUAAAGUCUAUUAUUCAAUCUGAAAUGGCUAAGUCAGAAACCUCCCAGAGAAUUCUCAAGGGAACAGGCAAAUUUGGGGUCUCUAGAUUUCAAGUGUAGAGAUACAGCUCUGCAUAUAAUUCUCAAGUGGGUUUGAAUCACCGGUGGAGGGAAGCUAGAAGCUGGAAAGUUAUGGGUUAAACUUACAGGCUAGAGAAAGUAAGCCAUAGAAGGAGUAGAAAGAGAGAAAAGGAACAAAAGGACAAAACUUUAGUGUGGUCUUGCUAUGUCAGCAGUCGGCUCUUCCUCCUUAGAUGGUCAGAGAGAGAGAGCUUGACUGAGCUGAACUGAUUUUAUUGAGGACUGUAGGAAUGGAGGUUGCAGAAUGUCAAUCAAAAACAGUCAGCACAUCAGAAGUUUUAACAAGUUAAUGUCAAAGUCAAAAGAGCAGAUGAUAACACAAUAGAUCACCAGGUAUCUGGGACAGAACCCUUUUCCUUUCUGGCACCAGCUUAUCCAGAUGCAAAUGUAAGUCUUUGACAUUACAAAGCAAUUUUAGAACUAGUCAGCUAGCUUACAAAUUGCAGAUAAAAGUUGAAGUUUAAUUUCUAAGUUUCACAAAAUUUAAGACCCAACCAAUUUAAGGAUUCAGAAAUCAAUCAUGUGAAAUAUUAGAAAUAUAUCCAUAAGUCUGGUCCAUUAGCACUUUGCUCAUUAGAGUCAGCUUUUGAAUACAUCUUUAAUACAUUAAUGAUUCGUUUAUAACUGAAACCCUACAUUAAGCUGCUACAAAAUUGGGGUUUCCAGAUUUUCAAGUUCACAAAGGUCAGUCUGGGAUUCCACUUACGGUAUUUUCCCCAAGGGACAGGGGCAAACUUGGAGUUCCUAAAAACCCAGUUGACAUUGUCAACAUGGAAAUAUAGAGAUCCCCAGUUUAUUUAGUUUGAGUAUAGAAACCUCAGGUUUUGACCUUGUCACAGGAGAGGUUUCCCCCUGAGGGAAGGUCCCUCUUCACCAGACAGUGAACUUCCUGGUAGUUUGGGUGCAAACAGCUAAUCCCAUCCAAUAUUAAGCAUCCCUUUUGUCCCAAUGGUUUCUUCCCCUAGGCUAAUGUCCAUUACCAAGGUGGCCCAGCCCUGGGUUUGGUCUUUCCCUUUUGUGUCCAUUUGAGGGCACCAGCCCCUCACUCUUAUUCCUGUCUGGAACUCCUCAUUUUCCUUUCUCACCAUAGUAAAGUCAAUCAACUGUCCCUCUAAUCCUAAAGCCCCCAGGUCAUCUAGAGUGGUAUAUAGGUUCCCCAAGUUCUUUUGUUCCUUGGAGUCCAUCCUGAGUCCUUGGCACUCCCAGGGGCUAGUGACCAGGGCGUCUUGACUCUGUGCAGUCUUGGGAAACAGCUCUGUUGUCGCAUUAGUAGCGCUAAACCCUUUUCCCUUGAUUAAAGAGUGAUUUUUGACUAUUUAAUAGUUCUGCGUUUUUUCAAGUUGACAACAUGGGCCUGGAGUCAAGAAGAGUUUAAAUCCAGCCUCAGAUACUUCCUAGUUGUCUGACCCUGGGGAAGUCACUUAAUCUUAUUUGCCUCAGUUUCCUCAUCUGUAAAAUUAACUGGAGAAAGAAAUGGCAAACCAUUCCAAUAUCUUUGCCAAGGAAACCUCAAAAGGGAUUGUAGUGUUGGACACAACUGAAAAACAACUAAACUCUGUGAUCCACGAUGAAGGCUUUUUUUCUGUUCUGAAUAUAACACUCCAUCUCCCAACUCUUGGCAUUUGUCUGGUUGUCUCCCAUGCACUCUUUUCUUGCUAAUCUUUGCCUCUUAGCUUCUCUUUCUUUCAAGCCUUAGCUAAAGUCCCAUCAUCUGCAAGAAACCUUUCCUUAGGCUUCUCAAGUACCUUUCUCUGAGAUUUGCCUGUAGUCUUCCUCUUCACCCCCAAGACAGCUUCUUGAGAACAAUGACUUUGCCUUCCUUUGUAUCCCUAGACCUUAGCCAAGUACAAAUGGUAGAUGCUUUAAAAAAAAAAGAUACUUUAGUAUCAUUUCCAAGGCAGAAGAGUUGUAAGGGCUAGGUGAUUGGUGUUAAGUGACUUGCCCAGGGUCAUACAACUAGGAAAUAUUUGAGGCCACAUUUGAACCCAGGAUCACCUUUGUGGUGAAAAUUUAUCACACUAUUACAAAACUUAGCUAAAUAAUAGGUUUAUUGAGAGGAGGCCAGUCUCCCAAUCAAGCCAGACCCUGGUCAAGAUCAGAACCAGAGACCCUGAGCCUCAGGAGAUGGCCUAAAAAGGCCAAAUUAUACAUAGCAAUCUGUCUUAAAAGGCAGACUUGAAUAUAAAAUUUUUUACAUGGAUAGAUUUUGCAAGUGCUGAAUAAGUCAUAUUGAAUAAGUAUUUUUUUAAAUCACCAUAGGUGAUAACUUUAUGGCUAUUAUUAUCUGCUGACAACAGUUAGAUGGAUGACAUGACCGGCAUUUGUACCAGAGAUACAUUUGGACCCAAGAGCAGCCCCUCUACCUCCUGUCUUAGGAUCUUGCAACAGGAGAUGGUGGGCUUGUUUGGAACUUUUGGGUUUAAUGUCAAAAAGCUUAUCAGCAAGAUUUGAUACCACCCUUAAACUGUAUUUUCUUAAGCUAAUGUUUAUAAUUCAUAUGAAGCAAACUAUUACCUGUGUUAUCAUAAAGACUAAUACUAUUAUACUCAUAAAAAGAGAGUAGUAGAGGAUUUUACAUGCACUUUUCUCCUGACUUAGCUUUCUAUCCAUUGAACCACCUACCUGUCCCUUAAUAAAUGCUUCUUGACCCUCCCCUUUCAGACAGCCAGUCUUUUUAAAAUCUGGACAAUUCCAAUAGCCUAAUUGGCCCUGAUAUACAGUCUCACUUCAGUAUAUCUUCCACACAGCUGUCAAACUGAAAACUCCAAAGGAUCAUAUGUUAAGUGGGUGCUCAAGAAAUCAAUGUCUUCCCCAACAACUGUAGGAGAAAAUUCUUUCUCUGUAUUUAAAGCCUUCCACGAUCUGGUAACAACUCCUUUCUGCCAUGCUGAUAACACAUUAUUUCCACACCCGUGCACUCAGCAUUUCAGUCAAAACUGUCCUAGGUGACAUUCCUGGGUCACUCCCUCCUUGAGCUACUCAAUACUUUUGCACUAGAUGCCCCGCAUCCUGGUAGAGAUGACCUCCUUUCUCGAUUCCAUCAAACUCCCUUCAAGUCUCUCAGCUCAAGUACUGCCUCCUUCAAGAGACCUCUCUGAUUCUCCAGUAGUGCUACUCCCAUCCCAGGCCUCCUCCACUCCCUCAUCGCUGUACACUUAUUUUGUAUAUAAUAUCUUCUUUUUUGUUUGUCUCUCUGUACUCUGCUCUCAUUUUUUAUUUGUAUACCUAAAGUGUCUCAUGUCAGGCACUUAAUGAAUUCUUGUUGAUUUAUCUGCUUGAGCUUUACUUAAUAAUUCUCCCUAUAGUGGGAGUCCAGUUGUGCGACCAGGAAAUCCAAAACCUGCCCCCGUAGGAGGGUAUACUAUAGGCCAGGGGGCUGGUGUAGGUCCAGGGGGUCGACCUAGACAAAGGCCCACAACUCUGGCUGAAAGAGGGACUCACGAAACACAAGGGCAGGUCUAAGCCCCAGCCUCCGGCGAUUGUUGAAUGAGCGCCCCACCCCCUCCAACACCUUGAGGCUUGUGCUGUUCUGGAGGCCGCCGGAUCCCGAGCCUCACCCUCAGGACCCGACGCCCGUCCCACUCCCCUACCUCUGCCUCAAACAAUCCCCGAGCACCCCAACGUGGGUCGGGUCCCCUUCUAGGCACCAGUCCUAUUCACCACCGCCAUCCCUGCCCCAUCCCCAUCCCCAUCCUACCAGGAUCUUUGUUCUCUUUUCCAUCAGGCACCAGAUCAAACAGCUAUGAACCCAGGGGUCCUCCAAAGAUUCCGGAAGUGCUGGUCUGUCACAAAGGCGACGAGACACGUGGAGGAAGUCGCUGCUUGGGCCGGAGCUGGUGUUCCCUAGUAGCCGGGGAGGACCCCGGGCUAUUGCCGCCGCGCCCCCACAGGGUACGGCUCUACCAUCCCUGAAGCUCAUGGUCUCUCCUAGUGUGGCAGAGGAUCCUGCCACAUACAGGGACGAUGUCCAUCCUAUAUGUCUCUCCUCACCCUGAUGCCUUCCCUAGCCUCCGGGCCCUUAUUGCUGCUCGAUAUGGAGAAUCUGGCCCUGGCCCUGGGUGGGGAGGGCCCCCUCCUCGGGUUUGCCUCCAGCCACCCCCUACCAGUGGAAGUUGCAUCCCCCCACCUCGUCUGCCAGUCCUAGAACAAGGACCAGGGGGCCUAAGAGUGUGGGGAGCAGCAGCUGUUGCUCAGCUGCUGUGGCCUGCAGGGAUGGGAGGUCCUGGAGGGAGCCGGGGAGCUACUCUUGUCCAGCAGUGGGUCAGCUAUGCUGAUGGAGAGCUUGUGCCUGCUGCCUGUGGGGCCACACUGCCUGCUUUAGGACUUCGGAAUCCAACUCAAGAUCCUCAGGCAGCUUUGGGAGCCCUAGGACGGGCACUGGGCCCAUUGGAGGAGAGACUGAGAUUGCAUACCUACUUGGCAGGGGAAGCCCCCACUUUGGCUGACCUGGCAGCUGUUACAGCCCUUCUACUUCCAUUCCGCUAUGUUCUAGACCCUCCUGCUCGAUGGGCUUGGGGUAAUGUGAGCCGCUGGUUCAUGACAUGUGUCCAGCAACCAGAAUUUCGAGCUGUGUUAGGGGAAGUGUCCCUGUGCUCAGGGAUACGGCCUAUCCCACAGCAACCAGGCACUGAGGCUUCUGGGCCCCCCAAGACUGCAGCCCAGCUGAAAAAGGAAGCAAAGAAGCGGGAGAAACUAGAGAAAUUUCAACAGAAGCAAAAGAACCAGCUACAUCAGCCACCCCCUGGGGAGAAAAAGCUGAAAAUUGAGAAGAAAGAGAAACGGGACCCUGGGGUCAUAACUUAUGACAUCCCCACCCCACCAGGGGAGAAGAAAGAUGUCAGUGGCCCCAUGCCUGACUCCUAUAGCCCCCAGUAUGUUGAGGCUGCAUGGUACUCAUGGUGGGAGAAUAAAGGAUUCUUCAAACCAGAGUAUGGGCGUGCUAGUCUGACGGAGCCUAAUCCUCGGGGUACCUUCAUGAUGUGCAUACCUCCUCCCAACGUGACAGGAUCCCUGCACCUUGGUCAUGCCCUCACUAAUGCCAUCCAGGACUCACUGACCCGAUGGCACCGAAUGAGAGGAGAGACAACUUUGUGGAAUCCAGGCUGUGACCAUGCUGGUAUCGCCACACAGGUGGUAGUAGAGAAGAAGCUAUGGCGGGAACGUGGGAUGAGCCGCCACCAGCUUGGUAGAGAGGCCUUCCUUCGAGAGGUCUGGAAAUGGAAAAAUGAGAAGGGAGACAGAAUUUACCAUCAGCUAAAGAAGCUUGGGGGCUCCUUGGACUGGGAUCGAGCUUGUUUCACCAUGGACCCUAAACUCUCAGCAGCUGUGACAGAAGCUUUUGUCCGCCUCCAUAAUGAUGGUGUCAUUUAUCGGAGUACCCGCCUCGUCAACUGGUCCUGUAGUCUCAACUCUGCUAUCUCUGACAUUGAAGUAGAUAAGAAGGAGCUGUCAGGCCGAACCCUGCUUUCUGUCCCAGGCUAUGAGGAGAAGGUGGAAUUUGGGGUCAUUGUUUCUUUUGCCUACAAGAUAGAAGAUUCAGAGAGCAAUGAGGAGGUCGUGGUAGCAACUACUCGUAUUGAGACUAUGUUGGGAGAUGUAGCUGUGGCAGUACACCCUAAUGAUCCUAGAUACCAGCACCUCCGGGGAAAGAGUGUUAUGCACCCAUUCCUCCUUCGAAGCCUUCCUAUUAUCUUUGAUGAGUUUGUGGACAUGGAGUUUGGCACUGGUGCUGUAAAAAUCACACCAGCCCAUGAUCAGAAUGACUAUGAGGUUGGUCAAAGGCACAAACUUGAGGCAGUGAGCAUCAUGGACCAUCGAGGCAACCUCAUUAAUGUUCCUCCUCCCUUUCUGGGCCUGCCUCGGUUUGAGGCAAGGAAGGCAGUGUUAGCAGCCCUAAAAGACAAGGGACUGUUCCGGGAAGUGAAGGACAAUCCAAUGGUGGUACCUUUGUGCAACCGAUCCAAGGAUGUAGUUGAACCCCUCCUUAAGCCCCAGUGGUAUGUGAGAUGUGGGGAGAUGGCCCAGGCAGCCAGUGCAGCUGUAACACGAGGUGACCUUAAGAUACUGCCUGAGGUCCAUCAGAAAAUAUGGCAUAUCUGGAUGGACAACAUCAGAGACUGGUGUAUCUCCCGGCAGCUAUGGUGGGGUCACCGAAUUCCAGCCUACUUUGUCACUGUUAAUGACCCUGCAGUGCCCCCUGGGGAGGAUCCUGAUGGUCGGUAUUGGGUGAGUGGCCGAAACGAGGAGGAGGCAAGGGAGAAGGCAGCCAAGGAGUUUGGAGUGCCCCCAGACAAAAUUAGCCUCUCACAGGAUGAGGAUGUCUUAGACACAUGGUUCUCCUCUGGCCUCUUUCCUUUUUCCAUAUUAGGAUGGCCCAACCAGACAGAGGACCUGAGUAUUUUCUACCCAGGAACCCUGCUAGAGACAGGACAUGACAUCUUAUUCUUCUGGGUAGCCCGCAUGGUGAUGCUAGGUCUGAAGCUAACAGGGAAGCUGCCCUUCAAAGAGGUUUAUCUUCAUGCCCUCGUCAGAGAUGCCCAUGGACGGAAAAUGAGUAAAUCACUUGGCAAUGUCAUUGACCCCCUGGAUGUCAUCAGUGGGCUCUCCCUGCAGGGACUUCAUGACCAGUUACUGAACAGCAAUCUUGACCCCAGUGAAAUGGAGAAAGCCAAGGAAGGGCAGAAGGCUGAUUUUCCCAAUGGAAUCCCUGAGUGCGGCACAGAUGCUCUCAGAUUUGGACUUUGUGCUUACACUUCUCAGGGCCGGGACAUUAACCUGGAUGUGAACCGAAUCCUUGGAUAUCGUCAUUUCUGUAACAAGCUCUGGAAUGCCACCAAGUUUGCCCUUAGGGCACUGGGAGAUGGAUUUGUGCCCUCACCUACUCCCCAAGCCAGCAGUCAAGAGAGCUUGGCUGACCGCUGGAUCAGGAGCCGUCUGAGUGAAGCUGUAGGGCUGAGCCAUCAGGGUUUCCAGGCCUAUGACUUCCCUACCAUCACCACUGCCCAGUACAGCUUUUGGCUCUAUGACCUCUGUAAUGUCUACCUGGAGUGCCUGAAACCUGUGCUCUCUGGGAAGGACCAAGUUGCAGCAGAGAGUGCCCGGCAGACCCUCUACACUUGCCUGGAUGUGGGCCUGAGACUCCUCUCGCCCUUCAUGCCCUUUGUGACUGAGGAGUUGUAUCAGCGGCUGCCCCGCCGGGGGCCCCAGGCACCACCCAGCCUCUGUGUCACCCCCUACCCAGAGCCUGAUGAGCUUUCCUGGAAGGAUCCUGAGGCUGAGGCUGCCUUCGAGCUGGCACUCAGCAUUACUCGGGCUGUGCGUUCUCUCCGAGCUGAUUACAACCUCACCCGGAGCCAGCCUGAGUGUUUCCUGGAAGUGGCAGAUGAAGCAACAGGAACACAGGCUUCUGCAGUGUCAGGCUAUGUGCAAGCUCUCUCCAACACUGGGGCUGUGAAUGUCCUUCUUCCUGGGUCCCCUGCCCCACAAGGCUGUGCCGUGGGCCUGGCCUCUGACCGAUGCUCUGUCCACCUGCAACUUCAGGGGCUGGUGGAUCCCACCCGAGAGUUGGCAAAGCUUCGGGCCAAACGAGGGGAAGCUGAACGUCAGGCCCAAAGGCUUCGGGAGCGUCGGGCUGUUCCCGACUAUGCCACCAAGGUUCCCUCCCAAGUCCAGGAGUCUGAGGAGGCUAAGCUCCAGCAGACAGAGGCAGAACUGAAGAAGGUAGAUGAAGCCAUCGCCCUGUUUGAGAAGAUGCUGUGAGACCUGGAGACAUCUCCCCACCAUCCUAACCUCCCAUGAUUGGGUGGAGUUGGGGUGACGCUGCAGCAAUAAAAUAUUUUGGCACAAA